GAAGAGAGGCUGGCAGAGUGAGUGACCAGUUCAAAGUUGAAUCUCGUACCGACGUAGUCCUCGGGACUGGAGCUCAGUGGUUAUUUCGCGGCCAACGUGACUGGUUGGCUUUUUGGGUUUGGUCGGAAGAAGGACUACUACUACUUCCCACCACACACACAACACCCCCCGCCACCAUUCCCAUUCCCCGAUUUAUAGUGAGUGAACUAUAUACUGGAACUUAAAAAAAAAAAAUUAACAGCAGCGAGAACUCGAAAAAAGUUACCAUAAUAUUAUCUGCUGUGAUGGGAUACCGAUUCAAAGACUGUCUUCACGCCAGUGUGUACGAGAUAAUAGGUUAAAGUUGACUUGUCGAUGUAGCAAGUGACGGUGUGUCUGUCUUACAGGUUAGGCUGGCCUUGGAGAGAGAGAGAGAGAGAGAGAGAGAGAGAGAGAGAGAGAGAGAGAGAGAGGAACCAACCCCCUCUCCUCCCAUCUCCACCACCACCAACACUCCAGCCACCACCCUCCGCCAUCUCUCGCACCACCACCAACCCCACCGCCUCCUCCCUCUCCUCCCCCACCCGCCGCCGUCAAGCUUAGGCCGACCCAACAGAAAACGGCUGUGAGAGAGAGAGAGAGAGAGAGAGUGAGUGAGUGUUCCUCGUCGGAGGGAAGGAGGAGCAGGAGCAGCAGGCAGCAGCAGCAGCGCGCCAAAACGGAGCGAGCGGCCGCAGAGAUCGCACGCGUCUCGCCCCUAGAGAGAGGAACUGUUCCUCCUCUCCCGCCGUGUGUGUGAGAGACACUCUCUCUUUUUUUUUUUCUUUUUUUUUCCUUUUUUUUUUAAUUUUUUUUUUUAACACACACUUCCCCUUCCACGUGCUGCCUGGCCCCCCUUCGCCGUCAGGAUAUAUACACACACACACAGUCUCACACACACCUACCUCCGACGUGAUGCCCGGGCCAGCAGCAGGUGUGGUGGUGCGCGGCCCCCCCGCUGCCCCUCUGGAGGGAUGUAGCUAGCCAUGGCGAGUGGCUUGCACCACUGCAAGGGCUGCGGCUUGUACUUCGAUAGCGCGCGGUCCCUCGAAGUUCACGUUCAGUAUCACAAGGAAAACCUUCUCAGCAUGUGGAUGGGCGACGAAGAGCGCGGGCGGGAAGGCGGCGCGGGCGGUGGAGGAGGAGUAGGAGUAGGAGGUGCCCCGCCGGCAGCAGCGCCCUCGCCCGUGCAGGGGGACCUGAUGUCCCUGGGCGUUUCGAGCAGUAGUGAGAGUGGAUUAGUAGUGAGUAACAGUAAUGUGCCAAGUGUUAAUUCCAGUUCUUCGUCUUCGUUCACGGUACCUUCGCCCAUGCAAUACGAGUACAAGAUGUCCCCUGGGCUGCAGUCCCCGCCCCAGCAGCAGCAGCAGCAGAUGAGCGUGGUGCCACAGGGCCCGCCUUCGGGGCACUCCCUCUCCGUGGGAUUCUCCCAGCCUUCCCCCGGCGGGUUCUACCAAGACUACGUGGGGCAACACCAGGCGUCGCCCCAGUUCGGCGGAUACCAGCCCAAUUCCUUCAUGAACGGCGGCUUCGACGACGCCUACUACAACAGGGGCCCCGCCCCCCGGUUCCACCCGUACAUGGGGCGCUCCCCGGUGCCCACGCCUUCGCCAGGUAACUCGCACGCCGACAUUAAAGAAGAGAUGCCCUCUGCGGACACGCCAGAGAUCCUGGACCUGGAUUCUCAGAAAGUGUUGGGCAGCACGGGCGGCGUCCAGCAGCAACAGCAGCAGUCUCAACAGCAGCAACAGGGGGGCGCGUUGCCCCCCAUGUGGAGGCCCCACGAACAGUUCCCGAACCCCGGCGGCAUGGGCCCGUCCCUCGGGGGUCUCACAUCUAUGCAACAGUCAGGGUUCUCUCCCGUUCUUCAGCCGUCGCCGCAACAUCUUCCAGGCCUGGCAGGGCCCUCCUCCUUCCACUCCAGCGCUGGCGGCGCGGGCAUGGGCGGCUACCACCCGCAGGGCUUCUCCACCACCCCGCAGGCCAUGAGCAGCCCCGGCAGCAUGUUCGGCACGCCCACGCCCUCCCCGAGGGAAUCGACGUCGGCGGCGCCGCCUUCCGAGUUCGCGUCCAACGUCAAACGGCCGAAGAGCUUCAAGUGCGAGGAUUGUAACAAGUGGUUCACGAGUCACGGGCACCUCAAGAGGCACUACAAUACCACCCUGCACAAGAACAUGACGAAGCUGAAUGGAGGGGGAGGAGGGGCGGGGGCCGGCCAGAGCACGGCGAGGUCCACGCCUGACCCCACCAGACCGCCCAUUCUGUCGCCGGGCGCCAAGAGCAUCGGCGAGGCUUCCAACAUCUCCAGUCAGGACGAGGAGUCCAACCUUUCGGCAGCUGACGCCCUGGACACCCCUCCCCCACCUCCGACGGGGCUGCAGCAGCCCCCUCCUGCGUACAACCCCCCUCCCACCUCCUUGUCAGGGUACCAGCCGCCAGGAGUGCCAGGCCCUUCGCAGGGACUACACGCUGUCCCGCAGUAUUCGCAGACGCACUACCUGGGGGAGCAGCCCCCCACCGCCCCUACACUCUAUCACGGCCAUUUUAGCACAAAUCCGACAAGUUUUGGGGCGCAGCCCCCCGUCAGCAUGGGGGGCGGACCGCCUUUUUACCCGGGCAAUGGCAGCAAUAAUUUCGGUGGUUAUCAGCCGCAGGGGGGCCACCAGGGCCCGGGGUUUCAUUCCGUGAGUGAUUUCCCCGGGCAGCCUCCCUUAGACGCCUUUAGCGCCGCCUCCCUCACGCCUUCCCGUUGCUCCCCAGAACCCGCCGGAGGAGGAGGAGGAGGUGGAGGUGGAGACACGGGCUCCGAAGCCUCCAUGGACUCGAGCGAGUCGGGCGGCACCAGUGGCAGCGGCGUGGGUUCGGAGGGCUCCUUUCGGUGCCACGACUGCGGCAAGCUCUUCAACCGCAUGUGCUACCUGACGCAGCACCGCACCACCUACCACGAGGGCGAGAAGCCCUUCAAGUGCAGCACCUGCGGCAAGCGCUUCCCGGACGAGAUGUCCUUCAGCGACCACCAGAGCAAGCACGCCGGGGAGAAGCCCUACAAGUGCGAGGUCUGCCCCAAGCAGUUCAACCACAAGACGGACCUGCGACGCCACAUGUGCCUACAUACGGGCGAGAAGCCCUUCUCCUGCGAGCAGUGCGGGAAGGGCUUCAUCCGGAAGGACCACAUGCUCAAGCACUUCCAGACCCACCGGAAGAAGGCCAUGGCCGCCGCCGCCUCCUCUGCCGGCCCUCCUCCCACGCACCACACGCCCUCGGGCCCACCUCCCAUGGGGCAUGCCCCCACCGGCUUCCCGGGCCACCUCCCACCGCACCGGCCGCCAGGCGUGCCCGUGGGAGCGAUGGCGCACCCGGGGCACGGGCCGCCCGGGCAUCCAGGUCACCCUCCUCACGUCGUGGCAGCACCUGUUUACUGAUGAUGGCCCCGGAGUGGGUAGUGUGGGCCCCCUUCGUGGGUAGCAGCAGCAGCCGGGCGCCCCCAGCCCGCCCGCCGCCGCCCACCCGCCCGCCGCCCCCAGCCACACACAUACACACACACAAGGCCGUCUUCCCCGCCGGUGGAGAGUUCCUGUGGCCGCCGUCACGACGCCCUACAACUACCUCACGCGGCACCUGACGCCGCCCUGUGAUAACCGCGCCAACAUUCCUUGCGGCCGCCCCCCCCCUCCCCCCACACCAGAAACCACCCACCCCCACCCCCCUCUCUCUGUGCCAUACGAUAGUAGAAAAAGUUCAUUAAGACAUAUAAAUUCCUCUGCCUCCUCCGAAGUGUUACGGAGCAUCUGUCUUUUUAUCAGUGUGACCCCGUGGGCCGGCGUGGUGCCUCGCGUAUUAAACCCCCGUGCCUGAGGAGGCCUCAGAUUACCUCGCAAUGUGUCCUCACCUAGAAACACACCCGCUCUCAGAGGCUCAACACACAAAUAAAAAAAAAACUAUUAAGUACUAUAAACUUUUAAUUAAAAGGGAAAAGCGAAGUAAAUGGUGCAUAUAUACAAAGACAAAAAAAGAUGAUAUUAUACAUACAUAGGCUGCUUGCAACUGAACAUAGGAGCGCAUAUAUACGUGAGACAGACAAAGACAAAAAGCAGUGUUUGUGUUUGUUGUCCUAUGGCCAUGAUCGCUAUUUUUCUUGAGGCGAAAGAAACACCCACCUGAUUGAACGUUUAAAUGAAAAAGAAAACACAAAAAAAGAAGAUUAUUAUAUCAACUGUGUCGCUACACCGAUAGUAGAAGUAUCUCAAGACAUCUUCAUCAUCUUUGGUCAUUAAGUGUCACUAUGCCUUAAAAAUAUUUCUAUGCUAAUGAUAUGCAACAUUCUGAAGAAAAUACAGAUUCGUGUAUUUUUUUAAUUUUGCCAGAGAUUGUGUUGUGUAGUAUGUUCCACAAAGACAUUCAGAGUGAAUCAUUGAACUUUUUAAAUAUUUUUUUGAGAAUCUCAUUGUGUACAUACUUUUUUUUAAGUUCUACUCUUAAGUUGCAUUUGUUCUAGGCUGCUAUUUUUAUAUUUUCUGUAUUUCGUAAUCUGUAAUGUUCCUAUUCACAUUACUUUUAUAGCGAAGUUCCACCAACUGUUAUUAUUAUCAACUCAUUUUCAGAAUGAGAGAGCUCCCGAUGUCCUAAUUAACUUCAUUCAAAUUUUCCCCCUCCUCCCCCCUCCCUCUUCCCCUCCUGAAGUUCGUUCAUAUACAAAAGUUCAAAUUGUCUGCAUUGUCACUCAAAUUUCUUGUUCAUGUUUUGUCCAGUCAUUUGCCAGAUCAAAGUAUUUUUAUCAUUAUUUUUGCCAAUAGCAACACUUGUUUUUUAUACUUAUUUUUUUAUUAUUGUUAUCUUUGAUCACAGAACGAUCACAUUCUGUGUAACCAUUGCAAUUCAUAACAUUCCCGUACGUUGGUGAAUAAAGUAACAGAAGACAAAACGUAUAGCUAUGAUUUGACGUGUCGUGUGAUCGACUAUGUUUGUCCAUUGAGGAUGAUUUUUCGUGUUCAUUUCGUCACACUCCCUUUUUUAUAUACCUCCCUACCCCAGCCCCCCCCCCCCCCCCUUCCUUUUCGC